ACACUUCCAAUUCUUCUUCCCUAAGCAUUUUCUUGAAUACCCCUCAUUCUCUCACCUUUCACUGAGAAAUUUUCUACUCUUAAGUCAAAAUGGUUCUUCUGUUUUCUCUGAAAUUCUCUUUCUCUGGAAGAAAUUCUCAGUAGCCGAACGCAAACAGAAUUGCAGUAGGGGAACGGUAAAGGAAGACAACCCAUCUUCAGAAUUUUCAAAUCCCUCCAUUUUCAGCUGGAUCCAGGAUGUUAUUGAACUGUGUCAAUAAUGGAGUUUUGGAGCUUUUAGUGUGAAUGACCGUUAUGCACCGGCCCAUUUUCACAAUGUCAAACAAGUCAUUUCUUUCCCUCCUUUUCCUUUUGAUCUUGUUUUCUGUUUUCUUUGUUUUUCUCCCGCCUGUUUUCUCACUUACUGUUGAGACUCAAGCCGUCCUAGAAUUCAAGAGUAAGCUCAAAGACCCCUUGAAUGUAUUGGGUUCUUGGAAAGAGUCAGAGUCUCCAUGUAAAUUCUCAGGAAUUACUUGUGAUCAACUCUCUGGGAAGGUCACGGAGAUCUCUCUGGGAAACAAGUUGCUCUCCGGGGAGCUGUCUCCCUCCAUUUCAGUCCUUGAUGGUCUUACAACCCUUUACUUGCCCUCUAACAAUAUUUCUGGGGAGCUCCCUCCCCAGCUAGGAAAUUGUAGAAAUCUCAGGGUGUUAAAUCUCACUGAGAAUGUAAUGGUGGGAAGCAUUCCUGAUUUUUCUAUGUUGAGGAACUUGGAGGUUCUUGAUUUGUCCAUAAACUACUUCUCUGGCGGGUUUCCUACUUGGGUGGUGAACUUAACUGGGCUGGUUGGAUUAGGCCUGGGGAAUAAUCAUUUUGAUGAGGGUGAAAUUCCAUAUGAUAUUGGGAAUUUGAAGAACUUGACUUGGUUGUAUCUGGCUGGAUCCCAGUUAAUUGGAGAGAUUCCAGAAUCUACUUUUGAGCUGAUGGCUUUACAGACACUGGAUAUUUCCAGGAACAAGAUUUCUGGGAAUAUCCCAAAAUCAAUUUCCAAGUUGCAAAAUCUUGUCAAGCUUGAGCUCUUUGUGAACCAGUUGACCGGGGAAAUCCCAGCUGAGCUUGGAAAUCUCACUCUUUUGAGGGAAAUAGAUAUAUCCUCUAAUAGAUUGCAUGGGAAAUUGCCAGAAGAGAUUGGCAAGAUGAAGAAUUUGACAGUUUUUCAAUGUUAUCUUAACAACUUGUCUGGAGAACUCCCUUCAGGAUUUGGGGAUAUGCCUUAUCUGACUGGGUUCUCGGUCUACAAAAACAACUUUUCUGGGGAAUUUCCUACAAAUUUUGGCAAGUUCUCACCACUGGCCAGUAUUGACAUAUCCGAGAAUCAGUUUUUAGGUAGCUUUCCCAGGUUCUUGUGUGGAGGUGGAAAGCUAAGGUUCCUACUUGCUCUAGAAAACAACUUUUCUGGAGAGUUACCAGAUUCUUAUGCUGAGUGCAAAACCCUGGAAAGAUUGAGAAUCAAUAAGAACCAUCUGACUGGAAUGAUUCCAGAUGGAGUUUGGGCCCUGCCACAUGCUGGUAUGAUUGACUUUGGUGAUAAUGAUUUUACUGGAGGGAUAUCCCCCAGCAUUGGUCUUUCCAUUAGCUUGAAUCAAUUGGUUCUGCUAAAUAAUAGGUUUUCAGGUGUGCUCCCUUCAGAACUCGGCAAGUUGGCAAACCUAGAGAGGCUCCAAUUGAAUAAUAAUGACUUCUCUGGCAAUCUGCCUUCAGAUAUUGGGGCACUGAAACUGUUAUCCUCAUUACAUCUGGAGCAAAACUCAUUAACAGGAUCGAUACCUCCGGAGUUGGGUAAUUGUUCCAGGUUGGUGGAUUUGAAUCUUGCCUGGAAUUCUUUGAGUGGUAAAAUCCCCCAAACACUUUCACUCAUGAGCUCAUUGAACUCUCUGAAUCUUUCAAGAAACAAACUCUCAGGUUCAAUUCCAAAAAGUCUACAGAAACUGAAGCUAAGUUCUAUUGAUUUUUCUGAUAACCAACUGUCAGGAACUGUUCCUGUUGAUCUCUUGACAAUGGGUGGAGAUAAAGCAUUUUUUGGGAAUAAGGAACUCUGUAUUGACCAUGAUUCCAAAACCCUUAUGAAUUCGGUGUUAAAUGCCUGCAGUAAAGACCAUAGACAAAAAAAGGUCUUGUUCUUCAUGGUAGCAGCUGCUUUGCUUGUUCUAGCUGGAAUACUAAUUGUGAGUUACAGGAACUUUAAGCUUGGUGAAGCUGACUUGGAAAGCAAUUCAGAAGGAGAGAAUGAAGUAGAUCCAAAAUGGAAACUUGCAUGUUUUCACCAGUUGGAAAUUGGUGCAGAUGAAAUUUGUAAUUUGGAGGAAGACAAUCUGAUCGGAAGUGGCAGCACUGGUAGAGUUUAUCGUCUGGAUUUGAAGAAAAAUGGAGGAGCAGUUGCUGUUAAAAAAUUGUGGAAUGGAGAUGGUGUGAAGGUUUUGGCAGCUGAGAUGGAAAUUUUGGGGAAAAUCAGGCAUAGGAACAUAUUGAAGCUCUAUGCUUCUCUAUUGAAAGGAGGAUUAAGCUUUCUUGUGUUUGAGUACAUGGCAAAUGGUAAUCUGUUUGAAGCACUCCAUAGAAAGAUCAAAGGUGAGAUGCCAGAAUUGGAUUGGUAUCAGAGGUAUAAAAUUGCUUUAGGAGCUGCCAAGGGAAUUGCUUAUCUCCACCAUGAUUGCUCACCUCCUAUAAUUCAUAGGGACAUAAAAUCAAGUAACAUUUUACUUGAUGAGGAGUAUGAGCCAAAAAUUGCUGAUUUUGGAUUUGCGAAGAUAGCAGAAAAGUCUCACAAGGAAUCUGAUUCUAGCAGUCUUGCUGGCACCCAUGGUUACAUUGCUCCUGAGCUGGCAUAUACCCGGAAGAUCACCAAGAAGAGUGAUAUAUAUAGUUUUGGUGUGGUUCUUCUAGAAUUGGUUACUGGCAGAAGGCCAAUUGAAGAGGAGUAUGGAGAAGGAAAGGAUAUUGUAUAUUGGGUUUUAACUCAUCUCAGUAACAAAGAAGAUUUCCUCAACAUUCUUGACAACGAAGUGGCUAGCACAACGGUCCAAGAUGACAUGAUUAAGGUCUUGAGGAUUGCUAUUCUUUGCACAAAUAAACUUCCAGAUCUGCGCCCAACUAUGAGAGAGGUGGUCAAGAUGCUAGUAGAUGCAGAUCCUAUGUCAUCAGAAUGCAGUUUUGACAGGUACAAUAAGGAUUUUAUCUAGCUUAAUUUUGGUAAGUUUGUCCAUCAAGCUUCGAACCAGGUGGCCAAAUUCGGAGAAUAUAUUAUAGUGAUGUAUUUUCAAUCAAGUUUAGGGCGUACCGUUGGACAGUUUUCUCUUCUAUGUAUUCCUUUGUUAAGAAAUGCUUAUAUUGGAGUUGUGCAUAAAUAUAUAUAUAUAUAUAUUUCUACUUCAAACUAGAAGUGAUUGACGAUUGUUUUCUUGUCUGCAUGAAUAUAUUUCUUAGACUGCA